AUGUCCAACGUAAUCAGUGACGAGCUGGGCAAAUGGUUCGACAAGUUUCAAGCAAUCCCCCUCGAAACACACCUGCUGUGCCCAAAAAUCAGCGACGAUGAUACUGAAAACUACCGAUCUCUCGAGGAUCCCGAUUCUGCAAUCACUCGAGAAGAAAAGGAGAAGCGCAUAGAGGCUGGCAACAGCCGUAUCGACAUCACAUACUGGAACAGCCUCAUCUUUGGCUUUGAAAAGAAGGAUGCGGGCAAAUGGCUCGAAGAGUUUAGCAAGAGGCUCGAUGGUUCGCUCAAGGCUUGCUCUGAGUGUGUCCUAAACUGGCACAUGAGGCGCAAAUCACAGAUGCAGAAAUUUCUCGAACUGUGGGACGAGGAUGCCGUUGCUCAAAUACAAGACUUGCUCGACCGAAUCGACACCGCCCGAAUCGACGAAAAUCUGACGUGGGCCAAGAAUUACAUUGCAAAAAUUGAAAAUACAGGCGCCACAUUUAAGAAGUCGGAAUUUGGCGACAACCUAGGCAACGUGCUCAUCACAGUCUACGAGGCCCUCUGCUGUAUGAAGUUUUUGGCCCAGCCCGACCAGCGAGCAACGUUUCAAUACGUAUUUAUGCGCCUCCAAGGCAAGAGCUAUCUGAAGCUCGGCACCAAGGAUCCUUUGCCCGGCAUGACUUACUUUUUGUUUGACCACAAAAACGAAGAUCGACGGAAGUGGGCGCAUGAGAACUGGAAGAACAUUAGUACCUCGUCCUUGACUGGAGCACAAUUCGAAUGGGCCGUCCAAGACGGACUGGUCAGUGCUAUUGAGGAUACCUGGCGCAAAGACUUGAACCAUAUGACGCCUGAGGCCUACCUCGAAAUUGAGCAGUUCUGGUGUGGCUUUGAGGAUAUUCUGCGCACCCUUCCCGCCAGCCUAAUUGCUUCUCAUGUGCGCAAUUUGGAAGUAAGCAAGUCGAUAUAUGAGUUGAUGUUCGCCCACAUUCAGUUCUGUCGCUCAGAAGGCGUCUUAAUUGUCGCCAUUCGCAUUUUGACAGUCCUCCUCGACAAGUCAUCCAAAACUUUCUGGGACGUUAUUGGCGGUGCUCGACCCAAUGUUAUUGCCGACUUACUUUUUGGGAGCCCAAUAUUCAAAGGCUUGCUGCGUCAAUCACUCGAAGACCUCUGGGACAGCCCCAGGAAUGAUUCGGUUCCCUUUUCUACAUCAUGGAUCGAACCCUGGCUCAAAUCUAUAGGUCGUGACCAGCGCUACGAUGCAUGUGAAGUUCUCAUGCAUACCCUUUUCGAGACACUAGUCAAAGAUGCUACUAUCGGUGAACCUGGCCAAGCAGCAUGUAUGAGAGCUGGCUUUGAUGCCCUUUGCUUUACUCUCAACACUUUCCUCGACAUGGAAACAUCUGCCGCCACAUCCACGGUUCAUCUCUACAUCAAUGCAUCUUUCAAUCUGGUGACUAAAUAUAAAGACCUCAUCAUCCUGCAGAUCAAUCCUCCAAAGAAAAAGCAGAGUAUCGAGGGCUGGGCUACUUUUAAAGUGGCCGAUUCCGCGCUGAGACUGGCUAAAGCAGCCAUGAAGCUGGAUAUGAAGCUACUUUAUGAAGAGUAUCAUGCCAUUCAUAAUAGCAGCCAGAUUCAAGCCCCAGUCACAAGAAACUCUAAGGAAUUUUGGGCAUCCAUCAUCGAUCUGUACGAAGCCUCUACUGAUCGUGUCGAGCUGUCCAAGCACAUCCUUCUUGCUUUGGCGCCGAUUUGUGCAGUCGAGCAGAUUCGCAUGCGUAAAUCGGGGGGUAAGCUUGACGCCUCGAGCACAGCUUUUAAUGAGAACCUAAAAAACACCGCCGACACUAUUUCAAAAAUCAUAGGUAGAAUUGGCGAUAUGGACGUGAUGGACCUGAACCUCAUUUUCGUUGAGAGGGUACCUAUUCAGGUCAUCAUUGGUCUGUCAGUUCAUGACGAAUCUGAUCUCGCCGAGUCUGCCGCCGAGGUCCUCAAAGGAUGGACUGCUGAGGAUACACGAGGCUCCGCCAUUGAACAACUUGCGCAGCAACAUACCGAGCAAACGUUAGCCUCAGCGGUGUGGUCCUUGGACCGAGUCCUCAGGCCGCCAUAUCCCUGGGGCCCCAUUCGGCCACUUCUCGAUGCAAAUCGAUCCAUCUUACGUGGUCUUGCCGAGGCCUCUGAUGGUGUUCUGCGACGUGGGAAGCUAGACUCUAGACAAGCUGCUACUGUCCUGCGUUGGUGGAAUGAACAAUGGCGCUUCGUCUCGAAAUCGUGUCUCAACAUUGAGUCGUGGUCGCACUUUGUGCCAAAUGCCAUCAUGACUGAGUUCUGUCGCGAGAUCAUGGAACUUGCAGAAGCCCUAAUUGCUGAAGAUGGUCUUCUUACCUCUGCAACGGCUCUUGGUCGCAGCGAGGCGGACAUGAUGGUGAAGAUUCUUGCUCCUGCCAAGGACAAUUUUCGUGGCAUGGAAAAUAUGAUCAGACUCAAGGACCUGUGGCUUGUGGAUGUGACAGUGCGAGUUCUCUGCAAGAUUUUGAAGCGACUUCGCGAAAAUAAUCUCGAGAUCAAUGCUGCCUCCAGAAAGCUAAUUGUGGACGCAUGUGUACCAACGGCAUCCCCGGGCAAAUACUUGCGCUCCACCAACUUGAGCGAUCAGCAGCGUGCUGAACUUUUGCAAGCGCUUGGAAAUACCGAUGAUGAUGUACAGAUCAUUCAGCUCAGCUCAGCCGAGACCAAGUCUGCCAAGGACAAGCUCAAGAAGCAAAGCAGACUGGACGCUUGGUCCAAAUCUGGGUCAGCAUCCUCUUCGACGAGUGCAUCCUCGUCUACCAGCAAGCCUAGCUCAAACCGACAAGAUGUGCUGGAUUUGAGCAAAUCGUUAAGUAACCCUCUUCUCAAGACCAUCGAAGCCAAGCAAAAGGCCAAAGCCCAGGGUCCCGACCAGAAAGCCAUUGCUUCGAUCAAAGAAAGCCGACAGAGAGAAAAGGCAGAAAAGGCAAAGAGAGACGCAGAGGCCAUCGCCAAGGCGAAGCAGCUCCGUGGCGAGGCUCUUGGUGGUAUGGGUCUCGCUGGACGGAGUGAAAUCAUGGUCAAUAGCUCCGACGAGGCUUCCGAAGAAAGCGACGACGGUGCUGACGAAGGCAACCAGCUUGCCCUCUUGAGUUCCGGUGGACAAAAGAUCGACGAGGCCGAGAAGCGACGCUUGCAGGCCCUGCGCGACAUGACGCGACGACCCGUGAAGAAGAUUAGACAGCAGCGAUCAGUCAAGGAGAUGAGAGCCCGUCUCAUUCCACCUAUGGACAGAUUGCACAACACCAUCCUUGCCUGGGACAUUUUUCAUGAUGGAAAUGAGCCUCCCGGCGCCCCCAAACCUUUCAAGGUUGACACAAGAUAUGGCAACCCGUCAUCAUACAGAGACACUUUUUUCCCACUUCUUGCCUCGGAAGCAUGGAAAGGUUUCGUGACUGCGAAAGAUGAACUUACGGCUCAGGCGUUUGGUAUCAAGAUCGCCAGUCGGGCCAGCGUUGACAGCUACCUGGAAAUUACGUUUACUAUGGAAGUCGCUCAGAGCAGAGAGCGAGGUAUUGGUGAAGGUGACAUUAUGCUGGUUUCCGAGGCUGAGAACCCGCUCCACGACCCCUCUGCACGCCAUUGUCUAGCCCGUGUGCAUCGUGUAAAGUACAAGAAAGAUCGCCUCGAAAUCAUUUUUAGAGUCGCGUCACGCAGCAACCCUCUCGGCGCCGCUUUACUACCUAACACGAUGAUGUACGGCAUCAAGAUUACCAACAUGACGACUAUUGAGCGAGAGUAUGCUGCCCUCGAAUCCCUGCAGUACUAUGAUCUCAUGGACGAGAUUCUCAAGGCCGAACCGUCGCCCAUCCUCAAGUAUGGCGACGAAAAGAUUGCCAACUACCAAAGUAACUGGCAACUCAACCGAGGUCAAGCUUUAUCUGUGUUGGGUGCACAGGAAAAUGACGGCUUUACCCUGAUUCAGGGUCCGCCCGGUACCGGUAAAACAAAGACGAUUGUUGCCAUGGUCGGGGCUCUUUUAUCUUCGCAGCUUGCGCAGGCGCCUGCCAAGGGAACACCUGUCGGCGUUCCGAUUCGACCCGGGUCUACAAACCAGCCUACCGGUCAAAGGCCAAAGAAGCUACUUGUCUGUGCCCCAAGUAACGCCGCUGUGGACGAAUUAGUCACUCGUAUGAAGAAUGGAAUAAAGACCACAAGCGGCAAGAUGAAGCAUAUUAAUGUUCUUCGUCUGGGUCGCAGCGAUGCUAUCAACGCUGCGGUCAAGGACGUCACUUUGGACGAGCUAGUCCGUGCUCGCAUGGAAGGUGAUUCAACAAAGGACAAGGUCAAAGCCACAAAAGAUAAACUUCAUGAGCGCGCCAGCCAAAUCAAAGAAGAACUCGGCAUUCUACGACCCAAGCUGGACGAGGCAAAUGAAAAGGAAGAUCAAGAUUACCGUAACAAACUUCUUCGACAGUUUGAUGAGCUGAAGCGCGAGCAACGAGAUAUUGGCAAGCAAAUCGAGGCAGACAAGGACAGUGGCAACUCGGUCGCACGAGAGGUAGAGAUGAAACGCCGCCAGAUCCAACAGGAAAUUCUCAAUAACGCCCAUGUACUCUGCGCCACCCUCAGUGGCUCCGGUCACGAGAUGUUCCGAAAUCUUGAUGUCGAGUUUGAGACGGUCAUCAUCGAUGAGGCCGCCCAGUGUGUUGAGCUGAGCGCUCUGAUCCCGCUCAAGUACGGCUGCUGCAAGUGCAUUCUCGUUGGAGAUCCCAAGCAGCUGCCGCCUACCGUUCUUUCGCAGUCAGCUGCACGUUUCGGUUACGAUCAGAGUCUGUUUGUGCGUAUGCAGCAGAAUCAUCCAAAUUCGGUCCAUCUCCUUGACAUGCAAUAUCGAAUGCACCCCGAAAUCAGCAUGUUCCCAAGCAAAGAAUUCUACGAAGGACAGCUGCGCGAUGGGCAGGAUAUGGCCGGCCUGCGUCAGCAGCCUUGGCACAGAAGCGCUCUACUUGGGCCGUACCGGUUCUUUGACGUGCAAGGUGUGCAAGAGCGUGGUCGUAGGGGGCAGUCGCUUGUCAAUACCCGAGAACUGGAUGUCGCUCUGCAGAUGUAUGACCGCUUCCGCAAGGAUUAUAGUGACUGCAACCUAGUGGGCAAGAUUGGUAUCAUUACUCCCUACAAAGCUCAGCUAUUCGAGCUCCGAAACCGCUUCCGGGCACGAUACGGAGAAGAUAUUACAGACAUAAUCGAAUUCAAUACUACCGAUGCCUUUCAGGGUCGCGAGUGUGAAAUCAUCAUCUUCUCGUGCGUGCGAGCUAGCGCGACAGGAGGUAUCGGUUUCAUGACGGAUAUUCGACGAAUGAACGUCGGUUUGACCCGUGCCAAAUCGUCACUUUGGAUUCUGGGAGAUUCGCGCGCGCUUGUGCAAGGCGAAUUUUGGAAGAAGCUCAUUGAGGAUGCGCAAUCUCGAGACCGCUAUACCCAGGGCGACAUUGUUAGCAUCUUUCGCAAGCCUCUGGAGAAGGCUCAGCCUGGCAGCAUCAGGACCUCAGCAGCGCCGACACGUGUAGAUAGCCCCAUGACGUCGGAUGGUGACAUUGCCAUGCCCGACGCCUAUGAAAAUGCGCCGAUGAAGCGUCCGAGCGAGGAACGCAUUGCGGUGCCGACCCGACCGGCCGCUAUGCGUGGUCCGCCUCCUCCGCCUCCCAUUCAAACAUGCUCUCUGCCUAGCGACAGCAAGAAGAGGGCGCUGAGCAGCCCUGAUGGUGCUCCAACCGGUCCCAAGAGAAUCGCGAACGACAGGCCUCGUGCAGGAGGACUGGCUGGCAAGUUCGGCCCGAGGCCUAAUAGGCCGUUGCCGAAACCACCAACAGACCCCAGCGCCAUGGUGACACUGGGUCUGGCACCGCCAGAGCGUCCGCCGCCACCGAGACCAAGUCCGCUCCCAACAUUGCCGACAGCUCCUUCCGGACCAUCUGCAUCGUUGGCACCGCCUAGGCCUACUGCGGAGCAUCUAACGGCGUUUCUUGAGGUCCUUUUCCAUGCACUUUAUCCUGCACUUUAUCUCUUCUCAUUUCCCAAUUCCUUUGCUGCCCAGCCCACCUGGCACAACUUUUCAACUCGCACUGCUGGUGCGCUGCUUGAUUCUUGCAUCCACAGAAGCUAUACCUCGAUCUUGCUCAUUCGCGUUUGUCGUUCUAGUCGCUCUUCGAAGCCUUGUCUUUUUGGCGGCGGCUUUGCCAUGAGUACCAACACGACCAAACUGCUACUUUCUCGUCUUAAUUCGGGGACUGACAAUGAUGUCGGUGUUGCUGUCAACCCGCUGAAACGAUGGGGGAUUCGCAGCCCAGAAGCGAGCGCGCCCGACCCUGUGAUCGUGGCGAAACGUCCUGAGAUGAUUCGCCGGAGAACUGUUCAUCGACCCAAAAGCCCUAGAGAUGAAGCUUUUUCGAAACCGUAUCCAUCUCCAAGUGAAAGCACCGAUACAUAUUUGGAAGCCGCAGAGACCCUGGCUACAGCUGGUGCUGGUAAAAGAAGUGACAAGGACGAGGCAAAACCACUCGAGAAGAAUUCGACUGUCCACCAGGGCGUUGUGCAUAAUGCGAGGCACGCUGAUGCUGCGACAAACACCGAGGAUCGCUCUAUGGCCGAAACUCUUGGCACUGUUUUGGCCAUUUUCUAUUGCCUAUAUUAUGGAUUAUCUGGCUGUUUGCGGGCACUACUUGCUCAGGCUCGGAAAAGUGUUGACCUUCAAGGAGUUUUCGGCAGCCCAGGGAAACCAGAGACGGGUGGUGGCACCCGUUUGCGCUUUCAGAUUGACAUCAGACUACCUCGACAGCCCUGCGUCAUUCUCCGCCUUGCUUUUCUAUCACUUGCCAUUGAUAACAUAACAGCGCCGACAAACGGAUCUGAUAUGGGCGACCGGAAAUCUGCCGCUUCGUCAAGAGUCGAGCCGCCUGCCACACAAUGUUUCAUGAUGGGGCCUUCUGAAGACUUGUUCAUCACCCAUCGUCCUGGCAAGGUCCGGCGGGUCUGUGCAUUGCUUCGUGAUCUCGAGAAUUUUGAAAUGGCGCAAAAUGCGCAGACACCUUACCGCGGGUUUGCGUUCAAUCCUGACGGACUCUGGGGCUUCCGCACUUCCCUUAGUCGCGUUCGUCGCAGAAUCAUCCGCGUGAGCUGGAGGAAGGCGCUUGCUCUCUCACACGAACAGGUCGCUGCAUGGAACGAUACGACUGAUGCCGGGUUCACAUUCAGCUUGGUAGAGACUACGCUCAAUCCCAGACAAUAUGAUUCUUUUGUCGUUGUCGUGGGUGAACUAAUCCCGAUGGCUGCACGCAUAGGAGCUACCUUUCCAACAUACUACAAGAGUCCAAAAGUGUCCGAUAAAGGCUUACGAAAAAGGCUCAAAUGGAUUACUCUUGAAGAAGAUCGUCCGCGCUGCCUCGUUGUGCGUAGACUCUGUGACCCGAACAACAUCUUCCACGUUCUCGCCGACAAAAGUACCUCGGAUGGCCUCUGUGCUCUGUCGGCCGCCCCGGGACUUAUGACGUGUCGCUAUUACUUUGCAUUCUACGACGAGUGGGCUGGAAGCGGAAAGGAAAGUACUCCAGGUGUGAUGCACACUGCUAUAAAACGCAACCUCAACGUUUUCUGCCAGGUGUCUCUCGAGAGGUUCAAGUCUAGCAUCGUCACACCCCCUGUCCUCUCCAAGAAACUUGUCACACCAGUCUCCAAAGAAACUCGGAUUCAUGCAAAGGGUCCUCCUGCGCAACAGACAGUUACUAAUCUCGCAGAGAAACAGUCCCAGGCUGAAGAGAGGCCGAGCACCACUGUCACGCAGACCACAAAAGAAGCAUCACCUAUACCUCUAGAGCCACAAGAGCAAUCCAAAGAUGCAUCAAAUAGUAGCUCUUUAUAUCCACCGCUGCAAACGGCGCUUCAACAUGCGGAAACAGGCCAGCAGUCUGAAGAUGAAGCAAGCAGCAACACUUCGCACAUAGAGCUCGCUACCGCAGAGCUGCAGAACCUGGCCCGGAUAGUGCAAAACAGCAAGGGCUGCCAAACUCUUCAAGAGUCACCUGCGCAGAACAGCAAAGGCUGCCAAACCAUUCGAGAGUCACCUGUGCAUAACAGUAAGGGCUGCCAGACUCUUCAAGAGUCAUCUUCGCAGAACAGCAAAGGCUGCCAAACCAUUCGAGAGUCACCUGUGCAGCACAGUAAGGGCUGCCAGACUCUUCGAGAGUCAAAUUUGCAAUCAGGACCUAGUGAAAUGAGCAGGACGGAUACUUGUCUAGCUCGUUUGUUCACAGUUGAUGACGAAUACACAGCCUCCGACGCUCUCGAGCUUUUGGGUGAGAUGAAGAGAUUCUGUACUUUUUCAUCUGUGGGAACAUCCGCUUGCGCGAGGUGUAUUGGCGAUUUGGCUACGUUACUGCGAUAUGGGGCGCUGCAAGGUCAUAUUGUUCAGCCAGACUUGCGCGUGUUCGUCGUUGGAGAGUGGUAUCGACGAUGUCGUUCCUACGGCGACAAAGAAUGGGGAUCAAGACGAAUCAGAGGCCACCUCGCUGCUGAGCUGCGCGAUGUUUUGGAGAACACGCAGCAGUUUGCGCGAUCCGCCUCACUCAGAACAAACGCCGUCUGUGAUUCGCUAUCUGUCGGCCAGUCUGAGUCUCAAAAGUACGAUGAGCUUGCCCAGAGACACGGCUUGGGGUUGGCCAAGGGGUGUAUUGAGCGGACAGUCAGAAGUGCCAACCCUGCCGUGGCAAACCUGGAUGCCCUCCUCCCGGGCCACGGCAGCACCAACGGCGUGGCCAGUGGCCUCGUUUAUGCACUUGACAAGCUUCAGGAGCAGCUACCGGCAGUUACGGAUGCAUUCCCUAUCGAGAUUCGUAACAACAUACCCAGCCUCGCCCACUGUGCUCGAGUCGAUGGAGCCAUGCGCAUUCGCGAGGUCGGAGAUGUGGUCAUGGCAAUUAAAGCCGCACUUGAGACACUGCUGCAGAACAUCGAUGUUGUUGAGUAG